UGCGGUUGUGUGUCCUUCUGCAGCUUCACCUGGCUGUCGGCGCAGGUGCACAGCAACAUGGUGAUGCACUUCUCCGGCCGCAUCGCCGACAGCUUCGACCGGGAGUUCCGCUCUCUGUACGCCGACUCGCAGAUCAUCGGCUGCUUCUCCAAUCCGGAGGAGGAGGGGGGGAUGCCCUACUACCCCUCGUACCAGGCCCUGAUGGGCCCGGUCAUGGGCCUCGCCCCGGGCCUGGGGCUGGACUUACUCUCCGACAGCCGGCAGAGGGACCGGGUUUGCUCUGAAAACUCCAGCAGCCAAUCAAGUAACAGCGUGUCCAGCGUGAAGGCGGCGCCCGGGAUGGCGUCUAACACGGUCUACAAGGUCACUCAGGCUCACGACUCCAAGCCCAACAACAACCCUCGCGUUAGCCCCGAGAGGCGAGGCGGAACCCUGACCUCCCCGAGUCACCUCACAACGGGGCACCGAGUCUCAGCUAACAGGGGAGCCAAUCACAACACGGGGAUGGAGCGCCCGCCGCCGCCCUACGGUCAGCAAAUGGGCAUUGAGUGGAACAAGCACAACGCAAAUAUAGGCGGCGCCACCUCCAAGCUCCAGGGGUUGGGGUUGUACGAGCACAAAGGGGGCAUGUUCCACGGCACCGGCACCCCCGUCUCAAAUAUGACCCCCAGGACACAGACGCCGUCGCCGGGCAACAAUGGCACCCCCAAACCGAGGACUCCCUCCAACCAGUUCUUCAACAAACUCACAGAUAUAUUCCUGCCGACUUCCAGCAAAGAGACGUACAACUUCCGGAGGCCGCCGUCCCCUCUCGGCAACCCUUCCUGGGGGGGUCCGGACCUGUCACAAAACGAGCCGGAGAGCCAGCAGAGCCCGCCGCCGCCACUGUCUCCGGUCGUGGUGAUGAGCCGGGACGACCAGAAGCGAAUGACGCUGGGUCACAGCAAGCUGGACUUGGUGAACCAGUACAACAAGCUGAAGAACCGGCAGGUGUACAGCCGCUUCGAGCUCAAGCCCACCAACGCAGUUCCAGAGGGAGAUUUCAUCGGAAACUGAGUGUGUGCUUAAAGGUU